AUGUUGCACCGAAAUCACAUUCUGCCUAUUGGAUCGGAGGUACAGCUGAGAUCUGAAAAGACCACAGAUCCACCCAAACCUAAGAGACGAGUCAGCAAAAGACUCAAAGCAGAGGGGACUGAAAACUGUGACCUGCCUUGUUUCCCAGCCUCUAAACAUGAUGACAAGAUUGAGUCUGCAUCUGACUCGGAAGAUGAUGAAAUGAGGGUAUGGUAUGACUAUCAAGCUCAACCAGCACCGGAGUCAAAGGAACCAGAACCUAAUCAUGACCAGUCACAACCUUUCAGUCUGGAUUUGGAUCUUGCAGUCCCUACAGAUAAAAACACAGAGAUUGUGGUAGCCACAGCUCAGGAACCUAUCAUAGCUGAUGAGGACGAACUAUUGGUCCAAGAUGAGACAGCCGAAGGGGCUGUUGUGGCUGAAAGAGGCACUGAGACACAGACUACAGACAAAACUAUUGAGAGACGAGACAGGGUAUCAGAGAGCCCAGACGAGACGAGACGACCUCAGAGACUAAGACGGGUACCUACUAGACUGACCUAUGACUUGCUGGGAAGCCCAACGUCUGUAGUAGUUAGUAUACCCAUUGCCACCUUAGUAAAGGCUGAUGACAAAAAGAAUGAUUUCUCCUUAUCUCCUGUUAAAAUUUUCAAAAGCACUGUUUACAAGUGGAUAGGUUAG